AUGCCCACGAAUAACCACGAAAACGAACGUACCCCAAGUGCACAAAACGAAAAUUCGGCCAUGAACCCAGCAACCCAUUCUUCUGAAGAACCGCUUUCGGAAGCUACCCUUAGAGAUGCCGCCAAAGUUUUUCUUUUAGAUGCUGAUGGGAAUAAAGUGAGAUUUGGGGAUCUGUAUAAGCCUCCAGGACGGGGUAAAAAGCAGCGAACAUUGAUCAUUUUCGUUCGUCAUUUCUUUUGCGGAAGCUGUCAGGAUUAUGUUAGAGCUGUGGCUUCGAGCAUUCCAGGCCCAUCGCAGCUACCCGCCGAUACAGCCAUUGCAAUCGUCGGCUGUGGCGCUUCAAGCCUCAUCCCCCAGUACAUCAACAGAACGAAAUGCCCGUUCCCCAUAUAUACCGACCCUACGCGAUAUCUCCAUGCUUUGUUUGGCAUGAAACUGACAUUGGAUGCUGGAACCCACGCCCCCGAUUAUUCCACAACCUCAAUGUUUUCUUUAGUAACUCAGGGAAUCGCAAUGACUGUGAGUCGAUUGCUGAAGGGCGAUAUGCUUCAGUCUGGAAACAAAUGGCAAAAUGGAGGAGAAAUCCUUUUCGAAGCUGAGAUCCCCAACGAAGCGGAGGAUGGCGGUGAGGAAGUUAAGGUCAGAGUCCCAUUCUGUCAUAUAAUGAAGAAUACUCGCGACCACAGUGAAGUUUCUGUUUUGAAAACCGUGAUUGGCCUUGAUGAGGAACGCGUUUAA